GAGAUGGGCACUGCCCCCUAGAGUCGGGAACGACUAGUACACAUGUGCAAGGGAAACCUUUACCUUUACCUAUGCUUUUUCCUCAGGGUAAAUGGGCUUGAAAAAGGAGCCCAAAGAGAUGAUUAUGUUUAUUCCAGUCUGUUUUUUUUCCCAAUCCUGGAAACAUCAUUUAUUAAUUUUUAAAAACUCAUCCUAUUCACAUCAUUUCUUCCACUUAUAAGGGGGAUGGGAAGAGGCCCACAGGAUUCUUAUUAGAAUUGUAAUCCUUAAAAUCAUUUUGUAUUGUUCUUUCAUCUCUGUUAGAAUGGGAGGGAAGUAUUGCUUUGCUUGUAGCCAGAAAAAAUCAGUGGUCUUUUUUUUCUUGGAUUCCUGAGUGUCAUAUUUCACCUGAGUCCUUUUACUCUGCCAUCUUAUUCUUCCCCUCUGCUGUUAAUUAAAGGACCUCUUUGGAGUCUGAAUUUAGGUGGCAAGAGAAGAUGGUGACAGCCAAUGGGGCCCUUUGGGGUCGUUUACAGAAUUUGCAGGGCGCCCUGGGUUUGGUUGGAAUAUAACAACAUCUGUUUUUUUGGCUGCUUCUGCUUUGCUCCCGUUUGAGCUUUGGGUGAGGGUUGGCCUAUGUCCCUCUGGCAUACGAGUGCCCCAUGGUUGGAACUUGCCUGAGACUGGCUGCUUCCUCCCCGCUGGUCCCCCCUCUGUAGGGAGGGGCACCUGUUCUUGGUGUGUGCCCCCCUUCCCUUGCUUGUGUUGUGUCCUGCAUCGUAUGUCCUAUGGGGCGAGUUUUCGGAGGUGAUUUCAGCUUAGCUGCCUUAAGUUUAAAGUAACAGGCAAAAAAGGGACCUGCUUCUUCUCUGUGACUGCUGCUGCUGCUGUUGUUGUUGUUGUUUUAAUUUUGUUGUAACUCUGCCAGGUGAAAGGGAGCUAAAUUUGCUUUAAGAUAUUUUUUGUUUUGUUUUGUUUCCUUGUCCUUGAUAACCACCUUCAUACCAAAUCUUUUUUUUUUGCACUUCUGUUAGGAAAGUCCUCCUUCCCCUUGAGGUUAAGCCCUGGGCCUCCAAAAGUGUGUUACCCUCACGUUGAGGCUAAGACAUUAAUUUAAAUGGCGACUGAGCUGUCUGAAGCCGAUCCCGCACACCGUAAGGCAGUUCCACUCUUAACAGGAGCUCCCCUGGACAAGUUGAGUGAGACAGUCGAAGAUAGAGCCAUGCCGAUCCGCCGAGCGGUGAAUGCUUCUUCUCGGGAAACGCCUCCCAAAAGCAAGCCUGCUGAAGCCGAGGAAACGAAGCCAGAACCGGAUGUCAGCUCGGAAGAAUCCGCCUCCACCGUGGAGGAACAAGAGAAUCAGGUGCCCCCGGCUGCCCCUGCUGAGACAGAGCAGCCAAAGGAGGCCGAGGAGGAGAAGGCAGAUGUGAAGCCUGCUGAGGAAGCCAAGAAGGAGGAGAAGGAUCCAGAGAAAGAGAAGGAGAAAGAGAAGAAAGUGAAGAAGACCAUUCCCGCCUGGGCCACACUUUCAGCCAGCCAGUUAGCCAGAGCGCAGAAACAGACGCAGAUGGCAGCUUCCUCUCGUCCCAAGAUGGAUGCCAUUUUGAUCGAAGCAAUCAAAGCGUGCUAUCAGAAAGGCGGGGCAUCAGUGGUCGCCAUCCGAAAGUUCAUCAUCAGCAGAUACCCUUCGCUGGACCUGGAGCGGAGGGGGUACCUCUUGAAGCAGGCCCUGAAGAGGGAGCUGGAGCGGGGUGUCAUCCGGCAGGUGAAAGGGAAAGGAGCGUCUGGAAGCUUUGUGGUGGCCCCCAACUCAGGGAAAACAGGCUCCAAGGCCAAAGACCGGAAGCGGAGCUUGUCGGCCUCCAGCGCAGAGCAGCACGUGAAGCUGGAGGACAUUCUCCCGCUGGCCUUCACCCGCCUCUGCGAGCCCAAGGAGGCCUCCUACAGCCUGAUCAAAAAAUAUGUCUCCCAAUAUUACCCCAAGCUGAAGGUGGACAUCCGGCCCCAGCUGCUGAAGAACGCCCUGCAGCGGGCGGUGGAGAAGGGCCAGCUGGAGCAGAUCACGGGCAAGGGGGCUUCCGGCACUUUCCAGCUGAAGAAGUCGGGGGAGAAGCCGUUGCUGGGCGGAAGCCUGAUGGAGGACGCCAUCCUUUCCGCCAUCGCAGCCAUGAACGAGCCCAAGACCUGCUCCACCACCGCUCUCAAGAAAUACGUCCUGGAGAAGCACCCUGGCACAAACUCCAGCUUCCAGGUCCACCUCUUGAAGAGGACUCUGCAGAAGUGCGAGAAGUAUGGCUGGAUGGAGCAGAUCUCCGGCAAGGGCUUCAGUGGCACCUUCCAGCUGUGUUUCCCCUACUACCCAAG